AUGGGAACCAGUAAGAGCCCUAAAUGCUCCCAGUUUAGAUGGAACAGCUGCUCAGAGUCUUCUCUUCAAAGGAAAAAGAUGUCACUGAGCCGGAAGUCUUACCUCAAGAGUUUGUUGCUGCACAUUGGUGGGUCAAUGUUGGAGGAGGAGGCUCAGGACACUGAGAGGGAGAAGAUGAAGUACAUGGAGCAGAACUGUCCUCCUGUCUCCAUCCCCGACUGCAUGCACCAGCUCCAGGAGCUGUGCAGGAAACUCCACAGACAGAUCGAUCUGGUGGAUGAAGAGCGAUUUGACAUGGAGGUCAAAGUGAACAAGUCCAAUAAGGAGAUUGACGACCUGAAGGUCCUGGUUCAGGACCUGAAGGGGAAGUUUAAGAAGCCAGCCCUGAAGAGGGUUCGGAUGUCAGCUGAUGCCAUGUUGGCCGCCCUUCUGGGCUCCAAACACAAAGUGUCCUUAGACCUGAGAGCCAACCUGAAGCAGGUCAAGAAAGAGGUCAAAGAUGACGAAAAGCAGACUGGUGACUGGAGGAAGAACAUUCAAGAUAAAGCUGGAAUGGAUGGCAGGAAGAAGAUGUUUGAGACAGAGGCUUGAUUCAUCCACUGGAUGGCGCUGUGUGUUCACUCUGUCACUGUAGGAAG